AUGGAUAGAUGCAAACAUGUAGGGCGGUUGCGGCUGGCCCAGGACCACUCCAUCCUGAACCCUCAGAAGUGGUGCUGUAGGGAGUGCGCCACCACGGAGUCCGUGUGGGCUUGUCUCAAGUGUUCGCACGUGGCUUGCGGUCGCUACAUUGAGGAUCACGCCCUUAAGCACUUUGAAGAAACUGGACACCCGCUAGCCAUGGAGGUCCGAGAUCUCUAUGUGUUCUGUUACCUGUGCAAGGACUACGUGCUCAAUGAUAACCCUGAGGGGGACCUGAAGCUGCUGAGAAGCGCUCUCCUGGCGGUCAGGGGCCAGAAGCAGGACCUGCUGGGGAGGCGAGGUCGGACUCUGCGGUCCAUGGCCUCGGGUGAGGACGCGUCCCCGCCGCCACGCACUCCUCAGGGUCAGCCGCAGAUGCUCAGGGCUCUCUGGCACCGGCGCCAGCGCCUGCUGGCCAAGACGCUGCGGCUCUGGUUUGAAAAGAGCUCCCGCGGCCAGGCAAGAUUGGAGGAGCAGCGGCGGGAGGAGGCCCUGGAGCGCAAGAAGGAGGCAGCGAGGCAGCGGCGGCUGGAGGUCAAGAGGCAGCUGCUGGAGGAGCUGGCUAGCGCCCCUCCGCGCAAGAGCGCCCGCCUGCUGCUGCACGCACCCCGCGCCUCUGCCCAGCGCCCCGCCGCCCGCAGGCGCACACCCACCGGGGGCCGCCACCCGCGCCGGACACCAGCCGUGGCUCCGGGCGUCACUGGCCUGCGCAACCUGGGCAACACGUGCUACAUGAACUCCAUCCUGCAGGUGCUCAGCCACCUCCAGAAGUUCCGAGAGUGUUUCCUGAACCUCGACCCUUCCGAAACGGAGCAGCUCUUGAACAGAGCCACCAGCAGGAAGGACCCACUCUUGGGCAGGCUGGCCAGCAGCUCAGCCACCGAGCUGUCGCCGAGGAGCCACAGGGCUGAGUCUUGCCAGCGGGAUGGUCUCUUCUGGAAUGGCGGCGCCUCCAUCACCAAGAGCCUAGAACUCAUCCAGAACAAGGAGCCCGGCUCAAAGCACAUCUCCCUCUGCCACGAACUGCACACUCUUUUCCGAGUCAUGUGGUCCGGGAAGUGGGCCCUGGUGUCACCCUUCGCCAUGCUUCACUCCGUAUGGAGUCUGAUCCCUGCCUUCCGAGGCUACGACCAGCAGGACGCUCAGGAGUUCCUCUGUGAGCUGUUGCACAAGGUGCAGCAGGAACUUGAGUCGGAGGGCACAGCACGCCGGAUCCUUAUCCCCUUCUCCCAGAGGAAGCUCACCAAGCAGGUGCUAAAGGUGGUGAACACCAUAUUCCACGGGCAGCUACUCAGUCAGGUCACGUGUAUAUCAUGCAGUUACAAAUCCAACACCAUUGAGCCCUUUUGGGAUCUGUCCCUGGAAUUCCCUGAACGCUAUCACUGCAUAGAAAAGGGCUUUGUCCCUUUGAAUCAGACAGAGUGCCUGCUCACCGAGAUGCUGGCCAAGUUCACAGAGACAGAGGCCCUGGAAGGGAGAGUCUACGCUUGUGACCAGUGUAACAGCAAACGACGAAAAUCCAACCCCAAACCCCUUGUUCUGAGUGAAGCUAGGAAGCAGUUAAUGAUCUACAGACUACCUCAGGUCCUCCGGCUGCACCUUAAAAGAUUCAGGUGGUCUGGCCGUAAUCAUCGAGAGAAGAUUGGGGUCCAUGUCGUCUUUGACCAGGUAUUAACCAUGGAACCUUACUGCUGCAGGGACAUGCUCUCCUCUCUUGACAAAGAGACCUUUGCCUAUGAUCUCUCCGCAGUGGUCAUGCAUCACGGGAAAGGGUUUGGCUCAGGACACUAUACAGCCUAUUGCUACAACACAGAGGGAGGUUUUUGGGUGCACUGCAAUGACUCAAGGCUGAAUGUAUGCAAUGUCGAGGAAGUGUGCAAAACUCAAGCCUACAUCCUUUUUUACACUCAAAGAACAGUUCAGGGCAAUGCAAAACUCUCCGAAACCCAUCUCCCAGCUCAGGUGCAGCCCAGCAACCAUACUGAGGGCAGACCACGGACCUUCCCCUGA